AUGGCCUCGGUCUCCAAGCUCACCUGCAUCUACUUGGCCCUCAUCCUGCGUGAUGAGGUAAUGGUCCUGGAGGAUAAGAUCAAUGCCCUCGUUGAAGCAGCGGGUAUAAAUGUUGAACCUUUCUGGCCCAGCUCAUUUGCAAAGGCCCUGACCAACAUCAACGUCGGGAGCCUCAUCUGCAAUGUGGAGGCUGAUGGGCCUGCCCCAGCAUGGGCUCUGCACCAGUGGGUGCCCUGCCCCCUCCACCGCUGCAGCCCAGCUGAGGAGAAAGUGGAAGCAAAGAAAGAAGACACUGGAGAGUCCAAUGAAGACAUGGGCUUUGAUAUUUUUUCCUAG